UCAGCUUACACACGACACGACAAAACCAUCAUUUUGCCAACCAAUAAUCCAUUGCAAUUAAAUCAGAACAAAUAGUUCUUGCAGUAGUAUUAAAAACAAAAAAAAAAACUGUUCUUUCUCGUUAAAAAGACAUACGGAUAUUGAUAUUGACUGAUAGAGAUAUUGCUGUGGGUACACGGCACAAAGUCAAGCUCAAGAUUUACCAGCUAGCUUAAAUGUUUUGGUUCCUCUCAGUUGCGUGGAUCUGAGGGCUCUUCGUCACCAACGGGCAAAGCACCAGAACACAUGCAGAUGCUGCUGAAGGACAGGAAAUUGGGUUGAUCAAAAGGGACAGAGAAAGCGUUUUUUGGAGGGAAGAAAACAAACUCAAAGAGCGCAGCAGGUAUGCAAAAUAUGCCUCAAGACGGUCCAAAGUCGGUUGUAUACCGAUCGUUCUUCUCUUGUGAUGAUCCAAAAGGGGUUGUGGAAUGUAAGACGAAUAGAAAAUCCAAGACUGACUCUCUCAAGUCGAAGGAGAAGGUAAAACAUCAGAAGAACCAAAAGAAUUUGAGUGCGUCGUUCUCAUUCAAGGAAGAAAGGAAAGACAGAGUCUCAAAAGGGCCCACAGAUCAUCAGCUACAUAAUCCUUCUUCAUACCAGCUCAUGGAAAUAUCUAGAGGAGCACAAAAAAUAAAUCAAGUUACAGACUCUUGGCCUGAGGAAAAAGGUUUUGAUAGGCAGACCAAAGACAUUGCAGAAGAAUUGUUGAGGGGAGCUCUUGAUCUAAAGGAGUCUCUCACAAUGCUGGGGAAGCUUCAAGAAGCUUCACAAAUUAUGGCUAAGUUGAAGAAAAAGCACAAGGAAAGGGCCCGAGGUGGAAGCCAUGAAGGAAUUGGCAUUGAAAGGACUGUGUCUGAGCGAUUUGGAUAUCACGACCGCAAAAUGUUGGAGUUUCAAAAUCCAAGACUUUCUGUUGAUGGAUCCACCAGAGAUUGUUUCGAGGAGCUUAGAGAAGUGAUAAGAGAGAGCUUUGCCAGGCAAAAUCUGUUGCCAAAGGUUUCCAACGAGGAAAAGGCAUAUUCUGCAGCAAAGACUUCCGAGGAAGAUAAGGUUUAUUCAGAAGAAAAGCCUUAUUUUGAUAGAACAAAGUCAGACUUCUCACUGGAUGUUCCAUCCACCAGCUCAAGCCAAUCCUCAAUGUUUCACUCCCAUGAAUUUGACACUUCUUCAGACCUCUCGCUAUCAAAAUCUAUAGAGGAGAAGCCCAAGGCUCCUAAUGUAAUUGCCAAACUGAUGGGUCUAGAAGCAAUCCCUCCAAAACCAUUACUAUCCAAUCCUCAGAAGCAUUAUGGGAAGGACAGGGCACUAAAUCAGGAAAGAACGCCAUUCGAUAUUGAUUUGCCAAUGGCAAGUAUGAGGACUCGUUUUACGGUUCAGAAGGUGGAUCCACGGCCAAUGAAGUUGAAUAAACUAACUGAUGACAUGCAAUAUAAAGGACUUUUGACAGGUAAGUCUGUUGAUGGGCCUGAACAUCUUUCAAAUGCUUCUGAAUGGAAGAAAAGGUUUGCUUAUGAUGCCGCACCCAUUGUGAUUAUAAAGCCGUUGCAUGUUUCUGGUUUGCUGGACGAAGAGCUUCUCGGGCAGAAGUAUAUCCAUCAAGAUUUAGACACCAAAAGGAUGCUCAGGAAAUGGAAAACUAAAGCAGGGCUUCCUUCAAGACCUAAUAAUAGUCAUGAAGGAGCUCUAAACUCCACUGAGAUUCACAGAAAACUGCAAGUGGAAAAAGCUCCAGCAAAAGGGCCUAUUCAAGAAAAAGAAGAUAAGGACUGUCUGGAUGCUUUUGCUAGAAAAGAUACUAAAUCAGUUAAACGUCAGGACAACCUGUCUUCUACAACAGUAAAAGCUUCUACUCCUGGGAAGCCCAAACUACAGAAGAAAGAUGCAAAUGAGAACAAAGUUGUUCCCAAAAUUCAAAGAGCUGUUGUGAAUACAAGGAAGCAAGUGGAAGUUGAUACUGAAAAGUUAAGAGAUAGAGCUAAAUCUCACCACAUCAACAAACAAGCAUCUACAAAUCCCAGAAAACCUGAGAGAGAACCAAAUGUUACAAAAGUUCGAGUGUCAGCACAAAAAGGUUCAACAUGGGAUCCCAUAUCAGACUGCAUUACUCCGACUACAUUAUUGAACUCGAGUGCUCGAAAGAAGAAUGCCAAAAAUGAGAAAAGAGCCAGUGAACCUUCAACAAUUGUUAAUAUGAUAAUGCAGGUUGAAAAAAAACACAAGAAUGAUGAUGUUCCAGCCGACCCUGAAGUUGGGGACGAUGAAGCUUUGACUGCAAAAGGGAUCACCUCUUCAGAACAACUCCCUGGUGAUGAAAAGAAAGAUACUCCUACAAACCUAGAUAAUUGCAGUAACAACAGAACUUGUCCUUGUGAAUCUACCUAUUCUGUCCAGCCCAACAACGAAAUCAGAUCCAUGGAUAAUGCUAAAUGCAGCAUCAAUUGCAAUCUAACUGAGGUGAAGAGCUGUAAAAGGGAUAACAACACAAGAAAACUACUUCUGGAUAGUUCAUCAUUUCUUUGUCACGCUGAGGAGCUAUUUGAGACUCGUGCAUAUCAACCUGCAGUGUCACACAAACCUGGCUUACAUUCCCAUGGAACAGCUGACACCAAACUGUUACUUGAAUGUGCAAAAGAGUUACUGGAACAGAAAAGCCUUCAAUUUAGAGUUGCAGGUCAUCCAUUGCCACAUAUAUGCAUUAAGAAGUCAAAAAUCUGCAUCUCCCUUGAUCACUUAGUCAAUGAGAUUUCUGAUGGAAUACAGUAUUUGAGAAGCUACUGCAAGCUUGCUGGUAAGACAAUUGUUGUAGAUGCUCUUUCUACAGUGCUCCAAAAAGAUAUGUGGUGCAAGGGAGUGGUGAAUGGAGGUUGGGACUUCGGUUGGAGGAAUGGAUUUACUCUGGAUGAAAUUGAUCAAGUUGUCAUUGACAUAGAACAGAAAAUUUUGACUGGAAUCAUUGAUGAUAUGCUGAUGGAUAUGGUAAUGUAGUACUUUGUACAAAAUUCAGUAACGGAGUUAGGGAAUCGAGUUCUUUGCUGUACAUAAUACUACACUAACUGGUAGGACUGGAAAAUAUGUUGUCCAGGGCCUCGAUAAUUCUCGAAUUAUUAUAUACCAUUAUGUUGCUAUAGUCAUAGUUCAGUGCAAAAUGCAUCUUGUAGAUGACCAUUCUUUCUGCUGAGGAUGGAAAACGCUAACCAUUUCAUGAUGACAACAUGUUUUUAAUUGCUGAAUGGUAAUGCACUUUUUGGUAUGUAAUUCCUAAAA